GGCAAACUGCCCAUCAACCACCAGAUAAUUUAUCAGCUGCAGGACGUGUUCAAUCUGCUGCCUGAUGUCAACCUGCAGGAGUUUGUCAAGGCCUUCUACCUGAAGACCAACGAUCAGAUGCUUGUGGUCUAUCUGGCCUCGCUCAUCCGCUCUGUAGUGGCGCUCCACAAUCUCAUCAACAACAAAAUAGCGAACCGUGACGCAGAAAAGAAAGAGGGCCAAGAGAAAGAUGACAGCAAGAAAGAAAAGAAGGACGAGAAGGAUAAAGAUAAG